AAAUCUUCAUUUGUUUCUGAAGUGAUUGUUUAAAUCAAAUCAAUGUAGUCUAUUGAUCAUAGUGUUUCAACGAUGCAUCUGUUUCGUAUGGAUUUCUUUCUCGAAGUCGCACUGUGCAUAGUAUUGUGCUGUGUGAAAACACAGCAGGAAGUACUCAUCGAAGAAUCGUCAUCCAUUGAGACAUUACACGCUGGCGUAGGAUCUUCGGUGGAGCUGCCUUGUGACGUCACUCCUACCCUCCCCAACGACAGCAUGGGUCUCGUCAUCUGGUACAAGCAAGGGCAUGACACGCCGAUAUACACAUAUGACAAGCGGGAGGGGGUGACGUCACACUGGUCGGAUCCCUCGACGCUGUCCACGCGAGCCACUUUCCGCACCAACACGGAGCCGGCUGUCCUAUUACUUACCAAACUAAGAGCUGAAGAUGAUGGACAGUACAGAUGUCGAGUUGACUUCAUCAGAUCACCGACAAAGAACACCAGGCUGAAUCUUACGAUACUUAUACCUCCCGACCGACUGUUGGUCCUUGAUCAGGAAGGUGAUGAGAUCAAGGGUGGCUUGAUCGGCCCCUACGAUGAGGGCUCUGACGUCAAUAUCACCUGUGUUGCUGUGGGAGGUCGUCCACCAGCACGCGUUUCCUGGUGGAAGUCGCACGCGCUGCUCGCGAACUCGGAGGCGCGCGCCAGCGUCUCCUUCACACUGCAACGAGCCGACUACGGCUCUGAAGUCACCUGUCAGGCCGUCACGGAUCCCUCCCUAACGCCGCUCUCGGAGACAUUGACGAUCAACGUAAAUCUUCGUCCGCUAUGGGUGAGGUUGUUAGGGGGUAAGCGUCCCCUAGUAGCUGGACGGCGAGCAGAGCUGGUGUGUCAAGCGGUCGGUGCGCGACCGCCACCGAACAUAUCUUGGUGGAAAGGUGGCAUCAGGCUCACCACUGUUAAAGGAACUACGUCUUCAGACGGAAACGUUACAAGCAGCACAUUGACCUUCUUGCCCAGUGUAGAGGAUGCAGGAAGGGUGAUCUCCUGCAGAGCCACACAGCCUGGACAACCACGUUCUGUUAGAGAGGACGGCUUCCAACUGGAAAUACAACAUUUGCCAGUGGUCAAGUUAGUGCUUGGAGCAAAUUUGGACGCUUCUAAAAUGGUGGAAGGUUCCGACGUUUACUUGGAUUGCAUGGUGCGUGCCAACCCGUGGCAUACGCAAGUUUUUUUUACGCACAACGGCCAGACUGUACGCGGUGGUGUCGGCGUGGUGGUCGCCAACCAGAGCCUCGUGCUGCAGCGCGUGUCGCGCCGCGCUGCCGGCGCGUACGUGUGCGCGGCACGGAACGCACUGGGGGAGGGAGCCAGCAAGCCACUCGUGCUGGAUGUCAAGUAUAGCCCUAAAUGUAAGUCAGACAAAAUGGUGACGAUACGAGCAGCCCGCGGAGAGACUGUGGACAUCAUCUGCGAUCUUGAUGCUAACCCUAGAGAGCCCAUAACAUAUAAGUGGUGGUUUAACAGCACGACACAUUCGAAACGUGAACUCAAUACAUUCAGCGCACAAGAACAAGGCAGCCUUGGUAGAUACUUAUACAUGGUGAACACUUCGAUUGACUAUGGAUGGGUACAAUGUGCCGGCAUCAACUCAGUGGGUCGACAGGAAACGACUUGCUUGUUCCACAUCAUACCAGCAGAAAAACCUUCUCCAGUGAAAAACUGUGCUAUUGGUAACGUAACGCACGAGUCAUUGGUACUCAUAUGUGAGUCUGGACAUGAUGGCGGGCUGAAGCAAGACUUCCUCCUUCAGGUGUUUGACAUGGCGACAGGCUCCCUACUACGUAACAUGAGCAGCGAAGAACCGCAAUUUGCGGUUUGGGGUCUUUCCAGCGACGUAGACAUGUCCGUACGAGCGUACAAUAGCAAGGGGCCUAGUGAGCCCUUUACACUCUCAUCGAGCUUGCUGAAACACCCACAGCGACAAACUGCUACUUUACCAGUUCGCGUGGAAUUAACGACUAUUUUAGUCACGGUGCUGUGCACUGUAGCCGGUGUCGCAGCCAUCACAGCUGUCUCAGCUUUCGUCUUCUGCUGGAAAUACUGCAACAAGAAUAAUGAUGAAAAUGAAAAGAAAAGACGAAAACAAGAGUCAAUACUGGACACACCGCUUACGGAUUCGAAGGAAUGUGAGAGUGUUGAUAGUUUGGAUAAAAAUCCAGAUAUUAUACCAAUAGAGAGUAAAAUAAACGAUAAUUGUUCUACGAAAUCAUCAGCCACAGAUUAUAGCGCAAUAAGGCCUUUACUUUCAAAGACUGAGAAAGAUACUGAAAAAUUUGACAUUAUCUAUGAUCGUCAUUACGAGCUCAACGAAACUUGCGGCCAAUACGUCCAAGUGCGUCCAAUGGACUUCCGAGGCCAGUACCAUGGCUUACACAUGCCCAACAUCAGCCCAAGUACACACAGCUUCCGACCAACAUUGGGUACGUUGCCAAACGUUGGUAACGAAUGCCAUGCGCCGUGUGAUAAAGUUUACGAAAACUGGUUAAAAUAUAAGAACUCUUUACCAUUAAACACGAGUGGCUUGCUACCAAUGGAGCAGUGUAUGCCCGUAGAACCUUAUCCACCAGCGUUUUACGGUUCUAUCACCAGAAACCCUUUGUGUUCAUGGCAGAAAUCUGAACUAGAGCCCCUUAGCUCGGAGUCUCGCUCGGUCACGACAAACUAUCGCGGGGCAUCGCCCCCAGUACGGGUCAACGCGGACAGCAAUACCGCUUACUUCAGCAAGAGUUUUCUACCACGGAAUACCGGAAGCUGCACACAAUUAAAUAUGAAUCUACCGGCAAUGAGGUCUGAAGUUAGCAACGUUAAAAUUAUAGCUAGUGAUUCGGAAUGCAGAUGAGAAAGUGAAGAUUGCUUAAAGACAAAGUUUUAAGGAAUUCAAAUCGACUUUGUGAACGAUUCUACGUGAUUUUUUAGUGAUUUAAGUGAUGGGGCUGAUAUUUUAUAUUAAU